AUGAAACACACUCAAGAAUCAUCUGAAAAGCUCAACGGCCGUCAAACACUGUUUAUAUCAAAGGAAGCGCGGACAGCUUAUUAUGGCCGUCGUAAGGCCACUGGAAGGAUAGCAUCCACAGCUCAGAUUGCUGGUUCACUCGUCUGUCCAUAUCUUAUCUACAAAGCCGUCACUUCGAGGUGCAUCGACUUCGUUCCUCUUGCGCCCGUUGCAUUCACCUGGAUCAUGGAGUUGCACGCGAUAAUCUAUAGCAUAGCAAUAGACGAUUUUUACAUGAUGCUAGCAAACACUAUCUUCUUUUGCAUGGACGGGUCCCUCUUAGCGAUGUUCUUCAUUUUCCCUAAUGAUAAACCAUAUUUCAAAGUGGAGAUCUCUUAAUCUUCUUCAAUUGUUCUCAAAUGCUCACCUCGUUCGAAAUGUCACAUGUUCAUUUUUUUUGUGAAUACAGAACUGCUUUAAUCAGUGUCUCGAUUUUUUGUGUUGUGUAUCAUUGCGUUUCUACUUCUACACUGUAAUA